CUGUGAAUGAAUUGCAUUUCAACGAAUAUGAAAAUUGGCAUUUUCAAACUUUACUUUCUUUCUCACUUGAAAUUCUGAGAGUUCAUCAUCAUCUUCUUCUUCUUCUUCUUCUUCUUCUUCUUCUUUCUCUUUCAUUAUAGCAACCCCUUUCACCUCCUGCGUUUGAGUUUUCAGUAGUCAUUCUAAUUCCAAACGUUUUUUCUUUCUCUUCAUUGUAUUACAAAAAAAAAAAAAAAAACACUAGUCUUUAGUGAAGUUGCUAUUCUAUUACCUGCAAAAAAAAAAAAAUCCAUUCUCUCUCUCUUUUCAUUACCUGCAUUUGAGUUUUCAGUAGUCAUUCUAAUUCCAAUCUUGUUCUAUUCCCAAAAAAAAAAACAAUAGUCUUAGUCAAGCUGCUAUUUGUUCUUGAAAAAAAAAAAGAAAAAUCCAAUCUCUCUGUUUCUCUUGCAUUUGAUUUUUCAACAGUCAUUCCAAUUCCAAGCAUUUUUUAUUCCAUUCUCUUUCUCUUCAUUUGUACUUAAAAAAAUUAGUCUUUAGUGAAGCUGCUAUUUUAUUUGCUUUGAAUUGAUCUUGAAAAGAAAAAAUCAAACUCGAACCAAAUUUGGCCACUCAAUUAAAUCUUCUCAACUUUUCCAAUCAAAAGAAGACGAAUAAGCAUCUGGCUUUAGUUUUCCCCUGCGUUGUGCUCCGUUGAUCAAGCUCAAACCAAAUUUGGGCACUCAAGUCAAUUACAACUUCUCAACUACUAUUCUUAAUUUUUCAGAUUUAAAAGAAAGAAAGAUAAAAAAAAUCAAGACUUUUCUUCUUCUGGCUUUAGUUUUCCCUGCUCUGUUGGUAAAAAAAAAUAAAAAAAUCCUACUUUGCUUAGAUAUUUGCUUUUUUUCUGAAUUUUCUGAGAUUUUGAGAGUUCAUCUUCUUUUUUCUACUUCUAGUGAGAUCAAACUCAAACUCAAAGCAUCAUGACUUUUCUUUAGUUUUCAGCUGCAUAUGAGUUUGAUCAAACUCAAACUCAAUUAAAUUCUCAACUUUUCUGAUUAAAAGAGGAAGAAGAAGCAUCAAGACUUUUCUUCUGGCUUUGAUCAAACUCAUCAAACCAAAUUUGAAAACUCAAUUAAAUUCUUAACUUUUUUGAUUGAAAGAAGACGAAGAAGCAUCAGGACUUUUCUUCUCGCUUUUGUUUUCCCCUGCGCUGUGCUCUGCUGCUAAAAACACAUUCCUACUUUGCUGCUAAAUUUCUGUUAUUGUGAAAAGACAAAAGAAAAAAGAAAGGUUGGUGUUAAUUUUCCAAGCUCCUGAUCAGUAACAAAGUAGUAGUACAAGCCAAUUGCUAGCAUGGAAAUUGUUAUGUCAGUUGCCGCCAAAAUAGCAGAGUAUACAGUGGAACCAGCGUGUCGACAGUUGGGUUAUCUGUUUCGCUAUCCAGCCAAUGUAGAUAACCUCAAAAUUCGAAUGCAAGAUUUGAAGGAUGCCAGAGAAAGACUGCAACAUCGUGUCGACGAAGCUAGAAAUAAUUGUGAAGAAAUUGAAGCUGAUGUUCAAAACUGGCUGAACAACGUUGAUAAAAUCUCCUUGGAGGCUGAAACAUUUCUUAGCCAUGGAGACCAUGCAAAGGUUGAAUGUUCUUCUUGUGGGUCCGUUUUGCAUUUGGUGACGCGACAUCAAUUCAGUAGGAAAGCAAAGAAGAUGUCAACUGAAGUAUGCGCAGUGGACAAAAAGAAAUUUGACGGGAUACAGAUUUCUUAUCGCCUUCAUCGGCAAGCAAGUUACUCUGCAAUAACCAAAGGCUACGAGACUUUUGAUUCAAGGAAGGGAAUUCUAGAGAGCAUAAUGGAAGCUGUAAGGGAUGCUAAUAGAAGCAGGAUAGGCUUGCAUGGAAUGGCUGGAAUUGGCAAAACUCUGCUUGCCAAUGAAAUUGCUAGACAAGCUAAGAAAGAGAAGUUAUUUAGUAAGGUGAUUAUCAUAACUAUUUCCCAAACACCUAAUGAAGAAGCGAUUCAACAACAUAUUGCUGAUAUGCUUGAGCUAAAGUUUGGCGAAACAGAUAACACUAAGGGCAAGCGAGCAACACUUCUUCAACAACGAUUGAAGCAAGAAAAUAAGAUUCUGUUAAUUCUUGACGACAUUUGGAAGGAACUCAAUCUAAAAGAAAUUGGAAUCCACGACGAGUGCCAGAUGCUACUAACCUCUAGAACUCGACAUGUUUUACGCAACUCAAUGGGUGUUGCUGAGAGUAAUGUGUUCUUUCUUCAACCUUUAGACCCACUGGAAGCUACAAGUUUGUUUAAGAAAAUCAUUGGAGAAAUAGUUGAAAAUGCAGAUUACAAAUCUUUGGCAUGCCAAAUUGUUGCGGAAUGUGCGGGUCUACCAGUUUCCAUUGCUACAGUGGCACAUGCUUUGAAAUGCAAUAUGGAAUUGUCCAUAUGGCAGGAUGCAUUGCAUCGACUACGGAGUUCGGGCUUCAUGGUGAUCGAGGGAAUGGAUGAGAAAGUCUACUUGAGUAUUAGGUUUAGUUACGAUUUUCUUGGAAUUCAUGAGGAGGCCAAAUCAUUACUAUUGCUUUGUGCUUUACAUAAAGAAGAUGCAGAAAUAGAAGUGGAAGACCUGAUGAGAUACAGUGUGGGUUGUCGCUUGCUUCAAGGUGUCAACACAGUGAAAGAGGCAAGGAACAGGGUGUAUUCAUUGGUUGAUAAAUUGAAAUCUCAUUGUCUGUUGCUGGAUGGUAGGAGUAAAAGUUAUGUGAAGAUGCACGAUGUUAUUCGCGAUGUUUGCAUAUUAAUUGCAAAGGAAGAUGAACAUAGGAUUAAUAGCAUUACUAGUGCUACUACGUAUGAGGAAUUUGUUUUGCAUGAAAGACAUAAAGUGUCUAAUGCAAUUUCCUUUCUUGACUAUGAUGAUUUAAAUAAGCUCCCUGAAAAAUUGGAAUGUCCUACGUUAAAGUUGCUUCUUCUAUCUGGUAGAUCUAUCCAAUCAAUUCCAGUCGACUUUUUUGAACAAACUAAGAAACUUGAAGCUUUGGUUAUGGGUAGUACAAGACUAGAAUCAUUACCACCAUCCUUUCACUUCCUUCAAAAUCUCCAAACAUUAUGCCUUCUUGGUUCUUCUCUUGAAGACAUAGCUGUGAUUGGUGAAUUAAAGAAUUUAAAAGUUCUUGAUCUCUCUUGGUCUUUUUCCAUUAAGUUGUUGCCAAAGGAAAUAGGAGAAUUGCGGCGUCUACAACUACUAGAUCUACAAGGAUGUUCUCGAUUAAGCGUCAUUGAGCCAAAUGUCAUUUCAAAUUUGACACAAAUGGAAGAGCUCUAUCUGCCAACCCAGUUUCUAGGAUGGGAGAUUGAAGAGGGCAGUAUGAAAGAAAGAAGAAAUGCCAGUCUUAUUGAGAUAAAGAGUUUGCAACUACUGACAGUUUUAUCUUUGUCCGUAACAAGUGAAAAUAUUUUGCCAGAGAAGUUGUUUAGUGAAAAGUUGGAGAGAUACCAAGUAUCUAUUGGAGGUGAUGCAUUCAGCAGGUAUAUUUUUCAAAAUGAAUUUCCAAGGUGGUUGCAGCUAAAUCUCUUAAAUAUGAAUGAAAAAAAUGCAUCUGGACUUAAAUCAUUGAUAAAAAGGUCUGAAUAUUUGUCACUAGAGACAUUAGUGGAUGUCACCAAUGUUGUUCAUGAUCUUGAUAAAGAUGGUUUUCCUAGAUUAAAGCAUCUGAGGCUUAUACAGUUAACAAGCUUGGAAAGGAUAUGUCAUGGUAAACUCCCAACAGACUCCUUCAAAGAAUUGAGAAAGGUGGACGUGAGGAAUUGUGGUAGAUUAAAGAAUUUGUUCCCUUUGUCCGUCACCAAACUACUUCAUGGGAUUAGAGUAGAAAAAUGCGAGAUGAUGGAAGAGAUAGUCAGCCAUGGGAGAGAAAAUGAAGGCAAUGAUGAAGCUUCCCAUAACAUUGAUGAGUCUUUUCAAUUACGCUUCUUGUUUCUACAUUCUCUACCGAAGUUUGCCCACUUUUACUUCUCCAAGCUAAAGACAACUGGCGAGUCUUCACUGGUAGAUUAUUCAAAAUCUUUAUUCAAUGAUACGGUUUCAUUUGCUAACUUGGAGAUAUUGAGUUUGAAGAAACUGAAUAUAGAAAAGUUAUGGGCAGAACAACUCCUAUCAAAUUCUUAUAUGCAAAACUUGACAAGUUUAGAAGUUGGAAGCUGCGAUAAUUUAAAGUAUAUGUUCUCUUUUACUCUUACUCAAUGUUUUGUAAACUUGAGAAGCUUAAAAGUGGGUGAUUGUAAGGCAAUGGAAGACAUAUGUGUGACUACAAAGAAAUUUGGAGAAGAAGAAUCUCAGUUGGAAAUGAUUUUGUUCCCUAAAUUAGAAUCUAUUGAGCUUGAUGAGCUUUCAGCCCUCCAAAGAUUUUGUGCUACAGAUUCUUGUAUGAAAUUUCCACUACUAUCAAAGUUAACAAUAAAAGACUGUCCAAAACUCAAGACAUUUGUUAGCUCUUCCACCAUAUCAAUACAAGUAUCGGUUGACCACAAGGAAGUGAACCAACUUGUAUCAGUAGAACCUUUCUUCAAUGAAAAGAUUGCAUUUCCCAACUUAAAAGAUCUGUAUAUUUGGAAUUGUAACAAUAUUAAGUAUCUCUUAUCAUCUGUCAUGGCUCGAAGUCUUGUACAACUCGAGAAAUUAAUUGUAUUAUUAUGUGAGAACUUAGAAGAGGUAAUAGUUAGUGAUGAGGAAUCAGGUAAUAGUGAAAGCAAAGCAAUAAUAUUUGAAAAACUAAAAUCUCUUCGGCUUGAGAAUCUUCCAAACGUUAUAAAGUUUUGUGGAAGAGAUGACAUUAAAUGUCCAAUGUUGUCUAGACUGGAGAUAUGGAAUUGUCCUAAAGUGAAGGAAUUUAUAAGUAAUUCCAUGGGUACAAGGACAUGUACUGCUAGUGAAGAAAUGAGCAUCAUGGUAGCAUCUAAACCAAGCCUCUUCAAUGACAAGAUUGCAUUUCCCAACUUAAAGGAGUUCACUGUUUCACAUUGUAACAAUAUCAAGUAUCUCUUAUCAUCUGUCAUGGCUCGAAGUCUUGUACAACUCAAGAAAUUAAGCGUAAAAGAAUGUGAGAACAUAGAAGAGGUAAUAGUCAGUGAUGAAGAAUCAGGUGGUGGUGGAAGCAAAUCAAUAAUAUUUGAAAAACUAGAAUCUCUUGAGCUUAAGUAUCUUCCAAACGUUAUAAAGUUUUGUGAAGGAUAUGACAUUGAAUGUCCAUUGUUGUCUGAACUGAGUAUAGAUGAUUGUCCUAAACUGAAGGAAUUUAUAAGUAAUUCCAUGGAUACAAGGGCAUGUACUGCUAGUGAAGAAAUGGGCAUCAUGGUAGCAUCUAAACAAAGCCUCUUCAAUGACAAGAUUGCAUUUCCCAAUUUAAAGAAGUUGACUAUUUGGGUAUGUAACAAUAUUAAGUAUCUCUUAUCAUCUGUCAUGGCUCGAAGUCUUGUACAACUAGAGACAUUACAGGUAUGUGGAUGUGAGUACAUAGAAGAGGUAAUAGUCAGUGAUGAGGAAUCAGGUGGUGGUGGAAGCAAAGCAAUAAUAUUUGAAAAACUAGAAUCUCUUGAGUUUAAUUAUCUUCCAAACGUUAUAAAGUUUUGUGAAGGAAAUUGCAUUAAAUGUCCAUUGUUGUCUAGAUUGGCUAUAAAGAAUUGUCCCAAAAUGAAGGAAUUUAUAAAUAAUUCUACGGGUACAAGGGCAUGUACUGUUAGUGAAGAAAUGGGCAUGGUGGCAGCAUCUAAACAAAGUCUCUUCAAUGACAAGAUUGCAUUUCCCAACUUAAAGGAGUUGACUGUUUGGAAUUGUAAUAAUAUCAAGUAUCUCUUAUCAUUUGCCAUGGCUCGAAGUCUUGUACAACUCAAGAAAUUAAAGGUAUAUAGUUGUGAGAACAUAGAAGAGGUAAUAGUCAGUGAUGAGGAAUCAGGUGGUGGUGGAAGCAAAUCAAUAAUAUUUGAAAAACUAGAAUCUCUUCAACUUGAAUAUCUUCCAAACAUCAUAAAGUUUUGUGAAGGAGAUUGCAUUGAAUGUCCAUUGUUGCCUAAACUGGGUAUAGUGAGUUGUCCUAAACUGAAGGAAUUUAUAAGUAAUUCAAUAGAUACAAGGGUGUGUACUGCUAGUGAAGAAAUGGGCAUCAUGGUAGCAUCUAAACAAAGCCUCUUCAAUGACAAGGUUUCAUUUGCUAACUUGGAGAUUUUAGAAGUUGGAAGCUGCGAUAAUUUAAAGUAUAUGUUCUCUAUUACUCUUGCUCAAUGUUUUGUAAACCUAAGAAGCUUAAAAGUGGGUAAUUGUAAGGCAAUGGAAGACAUAUGUGUGACUACAAAGAAAUUUGGAGAAGAAGAAUCUCAAUUAGAAAGGAUUUUGUUCCCUAAAUUAGAAUCUAUUGAGCUUGAUAAGCUUUCAGCCCUCCAAAGAUUUUGUACGACAGAUUCUUGUAUGGAAUUUCCACUGCUAUCAAAGUUCAUAAUAAAAGACUGCCGCAAGGAAAUGAACCAGCUUGUACCAGCAGAACCUUUCUUCAAUGGAAAAAUUGCAUUUCCCAAUUUAAAAGAGCUGCAUGUUUGGAAUUGCAACAAUAUCAAGUAUCUCUUAUCAUCUGCCAUGGCUCGAAGUCUUGUACAACUCAAGACAUUAGAGGUAUGGAGAUGUGAGAACAUAGAAAAGGUAAUAGUUAGUGAUGAGGAAUCAGGUGGUGGUGGAAGCAAAGCAAUAAUAUUUGAAAAACUAGAAUCUCCUCAGCUUAAAUAUCUUCCAAACAUCAUAAAGUUUUGUGGAGGAGAUUGCAUUGAAUGUCCAUUGUUGUCUAGACUGGAGAUAUGGGAUUGUCCUAAACUGAAGGAAUUUAUAAGUAAUUCCAUGGGUACAAGGACAUGUACUGCUAGUGAAGAAAUGGGCAUCAUGGUAGCAUCUAAACAAAGCUUCUUCAAUGACAAGAUUGCAUUUCCCAACUUAAAGGAGUUGAAUGUUUGGAAUUGUAAUAAUAUCAAGUAUCUCUUAUCAUCUUCCAUGGCUCGAAGUCUUGUACAACUCAAGAGUCUAGAUGUAUUUGAAUGUGAGAACAUAGAGGAGGUAAUAGUCGGUGAUGAGGAAUCAAUUGGUGGUGGAAGCAAAGCAAUUGUAUUUGAAAAACUAGAAUCUCUUGAGUUUAAAGGUCUUCCAAAUGUUAUAAAGUUUUGUGAAGGAGAUUGCAUUGAAUGUCCAUUGUUGUCUAUACUGGUUAUAAAGAAUUGUCCCAAAAUGAAGGAAUUUAUAAGUAAUUCCACGGGUACAAGGGCAUGUACUGUUAGUGAAGAAAUGAGCAUGGUGGCAACAUCUAAACAAAGUCUCUUCAAUAACAAGGUAAUUUUCCCUAACCUAAAGGAAUUGGAAAUUGAUUUGAGUGGAAUAGUAAAUGAGAUAUUUGAGAUUACGAGUAGUCAAUCUUCUUCACUAAUCUCAACCUUUGUCCCCAACCUUUCCAAACUUAAGGUAACUUGCACCUCUCUUGAUAAGCCAAUUGCUAUAUCAGAUGUCAAGUUAUUCCUUCACAAAUAUCACAAUAUUCAUACACUUGGAUUGAGUGGAUCUUUCGUGGAUGGACAACAACAACAACCUGGUGAUGAAUUGAUCAAUAAUACAAGUUUGAUGAAACUAGAUAUUUACUCUGCUCAUAAACUAAAUCAUCUGUUUGGGGACCCAGAAUAUGCUCAACCAUCCCAUACUAUUCUCUUUCAAAAUUUAAAAUCACUAUCUGUGGAGGAUUGUAGCAGAUUACAGAGCUUUGCACAUUCGUUUAUGUCUUUCCAAAAAUUGGAAACUCUGACAGUAAAAAAAUGCAAUGGGCUGACGUAUUUAUUCUCCUCCUCAACAGCAGCCACUCUGGUACAAUUGAAAGAAAUGAGGAUAAUAAAUUGCAGAAGGAUGAGAGAGGUUAUUAAUACAGAUUAUUAUAAUGAUGAGAAAUGCAAAAUAGAAGCAGAGACUGAACACCAUCACUUUGUUUUCCACACACUGCAGAGAUUACAUCUUUACCAUUUACCAAGUCUCCAAAGCUUCUACUCAGGAAAUAAAGUUAUGAGUUUCCCAAAUUUGGAAUAUUUAUCUCUGGGUAAUUGCCCAAAGAUAAGGAGAUUUUCACAUGGGAUCAUAAAUAUCUCUACAUCAUUGAAGACAAUCAAGGUUGACGGUAAAAAAGUAAAAAUAUGGGAGAGAGAUCUUAAUACAACCGCAAGAAGACUUUGGAAAGAAACGGAUGAUGGUGAUGAUGAUGAACACUGCCAAGGGAAUGAAUGAAGCAUUACCCUAAUCAAGUUUCUUCUAUCUUUUCAACCAGAUCUCAAAGGCACUUGAAGAACUUGAGAAAGCAGCAGCAGCUAAAGCUUGAUCACUCAUCACUAGAGAAGCUAGAAUAUGAAAUCAUUCUAGAAUAAUGCUAAAAAACUUUAAAUAAAUUCUUUCUCAUGGAAAAUGAAAUCAUUUCCAUAGAAUAGAAUAGAAUAAAAAUACUUGUUUCAAUUAAAUGUUUGGAACUGUAAAAUUGAAACUCUUUUGGGUGGUGGCACUUUGUUUAAUUAAGCAUUAAGUUUCAAGAGUUUAUGGGUUUACUAUCAAAUCAUAAUUUGACACAAUUUUUACAUACAAUAAUAUAAUGCAAUGUGAUCUCCUAAUGAAUAAUUUCCUUUUCUAUUGAUAAAUAAAUAUUUAUUAAUUUGA